AUGAAAGAAAAAGAAGCCUUAAGGGGUCAGCCAGUAGGUCAGUAUUACCGGCUGCUUGUGGGUAGGUUAUACGUUAAGUAUUAAAUGAUAAUUUCUAUUAAUUUUUACCAUUCAGUCCUAACUCCUAAAACUAGCGAAAUAGCAUUUCACAAGAUAAGAAGGGUUUUCUUGCGCAGCUGAAAGAGCUUAUAGAAUAGAACUUUAAUAGAAUCAUCCUCAAAAGGCUUUUCAGACACUAUUUACAAUGACAUGAAUAAAUUAAAUACUAAACCACUUACGGUAUAAAUAAUAAAUAUAAGAAAAUAAGAAUUCGUAAAAACAAAACACCUAUGAAAAGACUUGCUCUAAAAGUUGCCCUGUUAUAGCUUGCUUGAAAGACUGGAAGGAAACGCAUUGCUAUAUGUUGUUAUCUAAAUUGUUCCAAAUACAACUUCCUCUAUAUGCGAAUGUGCGUUGGACAGAAGCAGUUCUAUACAAUGGUAUAUGUAAUAAAUCAUGCUUGCGGGUGUGGAGAGCAUGGAUGCUGGAGCUUUUAGUAAAUUUAUCUACCAGAUGUUUAGGUGCGAGGCCCUUUAAAUAUUUGUAAGUUAACACAGAGUCCCUAUAGUACAAUAAUUGUUUGACAGGGAGCCAGUUAAGUUGGCGGAGUAAAUGGGUCACGUGGUCAAAUUUUCUAGAAUUCGUUACAAUUUUGCUUGCAAAGUUCUGGAAUUGACCGUAAUUUGUUUAUGUUCUGAGUUGAAUUAUUGCACCAGACGGUUGAACAAUAAAGCAUUUUGCUAAAAACUAAUGAUGUAAUUAACAACUUAAGAGUCUCUUUGUUAAAGCUUUCUUUAACUCUAUUUAUUUGAUAUAGCUUACAAAAACAGGAAGAGACUGUUUUUGAAAUAUGAUGGUCGCUUGCGUAUAGACAGUCUUGUCGGAGGGCGGCGAAGAUUAUCUCGGCAGGGUGGGUUAUAAACAUAUAUUUAAGCGUUUAGCUCGUCCCGGUCUCGGUGAUUGCUGACACAAAAUGCCUUCAGUUACUGAUAUGCAGAGAAGGCGCGCCUGCGUAACGAAACAUUCUAAAGAUGAACUGGUAUCAUUUCAAUAUUUAAAGUUUUUCCCAGAUGUGCAAGUAUCGAAUUUUCCUUAUUGAAUAAUGAUCAACUGUUGUAUUUUUCCAACAGCAACACUACGGCUUAUGAACAAUAUCGCUCAGUUUGGAUUUGUGGUCACGCCCGGUGAAAUGGAAGAAAACCAGCGCGAAAUUCAUGCAGAGCUAGACAUGUGGAACGUUAUCAUGGCUUUCAAAGACUCUUUCAGAUUACUUUUUCGAUAUUUAAAAAAUAGUCUGAAUGCCCUUGUUGAAGACAUCGAACUGGGAAGUCUAUUGUUAACUGUUAAAUGUAGUUCCCUGCAGAUCCUUGAAGGAUUGUGGAAAGUUUACAAAAGCGGUUACCUUAAUCAAGUGGUUCCAACCUCGUUCAUGAGAGACCCUGGGAACGAGGUUGGACGGGAAGAUGAGAGACCCUGGAAACGAGGUUGAAGUGGUUCAAGAAACUCUGGUGACACAUGAGGUCUCAGAAAUCCUUGGUAUUGAUGAAGUAAAACUGAUCGUGUCUAUUUCUGAGCAGGAAUAUGAGAGGGGAAAACAAAUUUUUGCGGAUAAUUCAGGUGAGCGUGCUGCUCUUCUGUAUCUCCUUUGAUUACUGGGCUUUGCAACAGUUGCAAAUCAGCGAUCGAGAUAUUGCGCAAAAGUUGGCACGAGAGCACUCGUCCCCAGACCCUGAGAUAAGGGGGAUACCCGGUCUCAAAAAAUUUUUUUUUUCGGCCAUCGGGCUUCAGUUUGGUUUAAAAAUAAGGGGGGGGGGGUGGUGGCCGUUCCCUGGCCCCUCCGCUAGAUCUGCCUCUGUGUUUUUCGUUGAAAAUCGAUUUUCAUUUUUUCUGGUCCUGUUCAGGUCAGUUCCGGUCGGUUCCUGAAAUACUAUUCUUCGUUUUCACGGUUUACUGAUUUAAAUCCUUCGGAGAGUAGGAAAAAUUCUUCCUCGUUAAUUGGGUUAUUCUCAACGCUAAAAGAAGCAACUAUCGUAUUUCUUUAAGCGAAGCCAUUCAGUGCAGUCCACCUACUUCGGCGAGGAGCCGAGACGGGAGCUUGCUUAAAGGUGGACGACGUUCUCGACCCAGACCUCAUUCGUCUUCUCUCAUCGUCGUCCUCAAAUUCGUCCUGGCUGCUUAAGGUCCCUAAUAAUAACGAGAAACAACUAACCUGUUGAUCUGUUAUAGAUCGUUUUCACGUCACGCAACAAAAAAAAUAAAAUGGAAACCGUCCAGUAGAAGAAACCAAGAAAAUGAAAUGUCUCAGGUCUUUGUGGCCCAUAGUUUCUGAGUUAUUUGCCGAAACGUUUCACGCACCUUUGUAGAGCUUUGUAUGGAGACGUCAUAUUGGUGUACUGUUUUGGUCCACCAAUAUGGCCCUUGAAAAUCAACAAAAACAUCUGGAGUGCACUUUUUCUAUAAAAGCUCUUUCUUUUCACUCGAGAACUAGCGUACGUGCGUAUAAACAUAUCUUCUAAUACUUGAAAUGGUUAUACUGCUGAAAAUCAAGAGGAGAGACUUUUUCAACGAGACAGCAUUCCUAUUUUUGUGUCACGCACGGUGAAAACUCGGAAGUUCAGAUUGCUGUAUUUUCAAAAUGAAACAUGCUACGGGACUGGGAACUUGUACAAAAAUUUAUUUUUUGUUUAUCUUCAGUCUAGUGUAAAUAAGAAUUCGUAAGACCUCGCUAUUUUGACAUUACAAUUUGUUGACGUCACUGUGAAAACCAUCUAUAGCUUGUAUGUGUCACAAGGGUUUGAUAGUGGAUCUUUUGUAAUUUCCCUGCUAGUUGGUGAAACAGCAGCUGGUGAUGAGAAACUAUUGAAAGAUUUGCCCUCUGAAGGUUACCAGAAACUAGUAGAACUCUUACAACCAUUAUCAGCCACUGGAAGAGACUACAGGUCAUUAGCAGACAGAAUGGGAUACUCAAAUCAGUACAUUCAGUGGCUUGGAAGUACAGAUAAUCCUGUUAUGAACUUAUUAAGAAAAUUCCGGGAAAAUGACAGGAAAAUUUCAGAGCUGACAUCUUUGCUAAAAGAGAUAGAACGGUUUGAUGUACUAGAGGAACUUCAGCCAUAUAUAGGUCAGUGAAAUGCAGCCUAAAAACUUGGGCUUAUUGUUUGUUUAACUUGAGGUCUCCCGGUUAAUACGGACACCAAGAGGUCAUGCCAUAGUGUCCGUAUUCCGAUCAGUAGCUGCCUGUAUUGUUAGAUAGUAGGCUAUUUCUGAAUUACUUUCAGUCUCUUUUGCUUAUACUUUCAUACGUUCAUUCAUGAACAAAUUUACCUCAUUUUCAUAGGAAUGGGCGUGCACAAGGUAGCGUUUCCAUGGGAAUGACCGGGCUUAAAAAUGGGCUUCGUUUUUAUGUUCUGGCACAAAUUUCUCUCUCGCGCAUACAGUGCACCAGAUGUCCGAAGGUAAGGCAAAGAAAAGUGAAUCUAUAGUACGACGAUCGACUUAACUGUGCGCAGCGUUUCCCGUUUUUAUUAAUGUACAACAAUAUAUCCAAUUUCGCACAAAAAGAUAAAAGGCAAAAUUUAGGAUUAAAACAUAUGAUUGUUGAUACGGGUACACUGAAGCGUUCAAAAUAGCUCAUGCACGUUAAACGUGCCUAUGUUGGCUGUCGAUCGUCGGUGCUUUAAGGGGGAGGAUUGUCACAAGUUUCCCGAGCCAUGUCGCCUUACAAUUCCACCUCUUGGAAGCCCUCAUGAUCAUUAUAAUCUGAUUGCUUUAUUUUACUUUUUUAAAUUUGUUGUUCCGUUAGAUGCAACUUGUACUCAGGCCCACACAGGGCAAAACAAAGAUUGUUUUAUUUAUUUAGCACUUAACAUGAACCUUUCCCUUAUUUGCUAUUGAUUAUUUUGUCAUUUUUGAAAGUACCCCGGAUGCCAAAGGUUUUUCUCUAAAACAUGUGAAUUAAGCAAUAGAAAACGUUUUUUUUUUUAUUUUCCGUGUUUUGGAUAACCUUAUACAAACACUCGAGGGGUUGAGAGAAUUCGAGACAGUUAUGCAAACCCCAGAGGAAGGAAUAAUACAAUUAAGGUACCCUAUCUAAGGACCACACCAGGGACACAGAAACAAAAGGGUCAAAAAAGAUACCCUAUUUAAGGACCGAGAACCUCAAAAACUAUACCCUAUUCCGCGGCACGUACCUAUAUAGCCCAUAUAUGGGAGUACGUCCCCCCCCUCCCCCCAGGCGUCGAUGACUCGAACCAUGUUAUAAGCUUGUGACAAGUCAGGAUAAAAAACCCCGUGUACUGAAGUCCGAGACAUUGAAACAACCGUGUCAAUUCUUUUUCUUUACUUUUUUGUCUCUUCAGUUCAAAUUCAGGAUCCAUUCCCGUAUACUUUGUAGCUUAAUGCUAUUCCCUCCCCAUCCAUUUGCUUAUUUCCUUGUUUCCGGUUAUUUGCUACGAACUACCAAUAACUCGAACUCCCGCUAACUCGAACUUUUUUCGAUUUCCCCAGAAGGUUCGAGUUAUCGGGUGUCGGCUGUAUCUUGACAUCACAACCAUGUUUACUUACAGACUUGUUUUUUACCUUUCUUUUUUAGAAAAGAGGGAGGAUAUAACAACCAGUAAGUGUUCGUUAUAAGUCAAAUAAGUUGUGUUAGUUUUAGUUCAUUUACAUACAAUUUUACUAUACUUCUUCAAUAUUUUCUAAAGUACAUGAUUGUCUGGAAAAUCGACUUGAUCAUGAUAUAAGGGUCCAAUCAGGGUUGACAGUGCCUAUUUUGAAAAUUGUAGAUUCUUGCAUAUAAUGCAGGUUUUGUAAUCAAACAGGUAAACCCUGGUUAGUUAUCCCUGUUCUGGUCUCCCAACGGUCUCAACAAAUGCGUUUCAAAUGUUCCCGGUCAAGCUGGUUGGCAAAUCGACAAUGGCUAUAUUUACAGGCCAACCAUGGCACGUUCUCAAAUCACAGUACACAGGUGAAGGCCCAGAACAAGGAUUUGGCACUUUUUCCCAGAUAGACUUAACCGGACUUCUAGUUCCUUUUGUGGAGCAAACUGGUUAAAAUACACAUUAUUCCAAAAUAGCAGCAAUGCCAGUUUUAUUUAUAUGUCAAUUAGCUAGCUAGGCCUCUUUGCCUUGGGAGCCAAUUAUCACAACAAUAGCAAAAGAUUCAAAACAACUUCUCGCCUUUUUGCAGUUAUGUGUAUAUGUUUUGGUUCAAUUUUAUCUUUGGUUUAAAUUUUAUAUUAUUUUGUUCCAAAUUCAUUCUGUUAUCAUAUAUUAACUUUGCCCAAAAACAAUUAAGAAAACAAAAUCUAAACUGAGGAUAAAUGAAAUUGAACCACAACAUAUACAUGUAGAUAUCUUUGAGAGCAUUUUAACCGAAAAUAUGAGAAAAAUGUUUCAUCUGAAAAGAGGUAGAAAGCAACUAAAAUUUGAUUAACUGUUGACUAGACCUUCGGUCCAUACUUGAUCAGCGUCAUAGUCACAUUUUACCUAUUACGCGAAUAUUUUCAAUCAUGGAACAAAUUAUACGAUGGUUAUCACACUGUUUUCCCGGGAGGUAUUUUCUGGCUAAACUUAGUGAUAUUGUGUAUAUUUUCUUGCUUUACUUGGCACAUUGUACAUAUAAUCUGUUUUUAUGUGUUUUAUAUUGCAGUUCACGAUUGGUAUCAUGCAUUUGUGUUUCAUGCCAAGAAGGACCGUGCUUUUGUUGAAAAACUUGUCAAAAAAAUGGAGAACUCACCUUAUAAAUUAAGGCUUUGUUUUAGUGAGCGUGACUUCCUUGGUGGUGGUUAUCACCUUGAAACUACUGCAGUAGCCAUCGAGAAACGAUGCAAAAAGUUUAUAGCUGUGCUGUCAAGCAAUUUUGAUGACAGUGAAGGAGGAACGUUUGAAUCCCACAUUGCUAUGAGCCUGUCUGCAAGUUAA